GCUGAAGUUAAUUUUUGACUAUGCACACUUUUGUUUCUUGUAAAACUGCAAUACAGAAGCAGUUCCUAAUUUGAACUCAUCUUGAAAUCACAUUAUAACCUGUGGUAAAAUAUGAGGGACACAGCUCUCAUUUUAAUUUCUGCUUUAAUAGUCCCUGCUUUGCUGACUGACAAAAACUAUGCCAAAGAAAAUGUUUGCCAAGAGCUCAAAUCUAUUGGAAUUCAGAAGUUCAAAGAAAUGGUCACUGUCCUCUACAGACAAAAGUUCCCCAAUGGCACAUUCCAGGAGGUCAGUUGUGUGGCAGAUGAAAUGAUCAAGCUUGCAGAAAAAUGCUGCAAAGAUGAUGCCAGCCCUGGCUGCUAUGAUAAAGGAGCUACAGAGAUCUCUGAGAAGUCAUGCGGAAAGGACUCUCCAUUCCCUAAACAUCCAGGCAUCGAGCAGUGCUGCACACUUCGGGGUCAAGAGAGGAAACUUUGUCUGGCCUCACUAUGGUACACUGCAGAUGAGCUGCCUUCCCUAACGGAGCCCACAAAUGAAGAGAUCUGCACCGAGUACACUAAAGACAAGAAGGACUAUGCUGUCAGGUAUGUGUACGAGUUUGCCCGGAGGCACAGAAACAUCCCAGCAGGCUUUGUUCUAAAUGCUACUAAGAACAAUGUGAGAAUAGCAGAGAGAUGCUGCCACCCAUCUGUCAAAAACUCUUGUUUCCUCCAAGAGGAAAGACUCCAAAUGCGAAGCUCCAACAUUUUUCUGAGGUUUCUCUCCAAUGUUUGCAACAACCAAGUGAAUUUGAAAUCCUUCAGGUUUGGAUUGUCUGCAUAUUAUGGAAAUCUCCUAGGACUGUCCUUUGAAGAGGCAUCAGCCAUAUCUGGUCGUUUUCAGUCGGGGCUGGAAAAAUGCCUUCUAAAUACCAAACCCAAAAAAACAAAAUAAGAAACAAAAAGAAGGGCAAGCUUUCAGAAAGUUCUCUGCGGUGAAUCCAAACUGGAUGCCAUGUCUGAGGACUUCCAGAAGUGCUGCAAGAAACCUGCCCUGGACACCCUGCUCUGCGUGGAUGACUUGAAAAGGCAACCCCGUCAGUCUCCAGAUGUAGCCAGUCCUGUUUCAUCUAAGCUCUGUGAGGAAGCUCAACCACAUGGGAUUGACAGGUGCUAAUUUAAUA